AUGGCUGAGUGCCGCACCUCCUGCUUGAUCCUGGAUGCCUUGAUGUCGCGUGCAAUAACAUUCGUUACUGGAAACGCUGGAAAAUUGGCCGAAGUAAGAGCGAUACUGUCACCAUUUGAGGUGCGGAACGUUGAUGUUGAGUUGGACGAAUAUCAAGGGGAACCAGACUACGUUGCUGAGCGCAAGGCCAAAGAAGCAGCACAGCAUGUGGAAGGACCUUUGCUGGUAGAAGACACAAGCCUGUGCUUCAAUGCACUCGGUGGUUUGCCAGGAGUGUAUGUGAAAUGGUUUCUGAAGAAAUUGGGACCUUCAGGGCUACAUCAGAUGCUUGCCGGUUUUGAUGAUAAAUCUGCAUAUGCACAAUGUAUCUUUGCAUAUACUGAAGGAAAGGGACAUCCUGUGCAUAUUUUCAAAGGGAAGUGUCCUGGUCAUAUUGUCCAUCCUCGUGGUCCUCCUGAUUUUGGAUGGGACCCUUGUUUUCAGCCUGAUGGAUUCCUCGAAACUUUUGCUGAGAUGAAAAAAGAAACGAAGAACACUAUAAGUCAUCGAGCAAAAGCACUUGAGCUUGUCAGAAAAUUUCUUGAUGGAAAGAAGUAG